GAUGCCGGUUGAACACCCUGAGGAAAGGACUGUGGAGGUGCUGGCGUUGCCCGCAGGAGUGGAUGAGGAGUUGCUCUAUCUGUACUUUGAGAAUAAGCGCCGCUCUGGGGGAGGUCCACUCGUCUCUGUGGAGAAGAAGGGUGAUGGUGCCGUACUGGUGUUUGAAGAGGCAGAAGCUGCAGCCCAGGUUCUGUCUAAAGGACACCACGUUGUGCAUAAUGUGGAGCUGAGUGUGAGAAAGCCCGCCUCUAAGGACCGGUGUAGACUGCUGCUGCAGGGCAUCAACCCCGACACCAGCAUUGAGAUGAUAGAGCUCUAUGUGGAGAACAUGAUGGACGUAAAUGACUACACUCUCUAUCCCUCACCGGGAAGAGAUACAAUCCUCAUUCACCUCAGCCAGCCGCUCUCAAAAGAUUUCCAAAACCUUAGUGCUAAAAUCUCCAAGAGGAAACUUGAUGGGGCCAUGGUAACUCUUGAACAGAUUGAGCAAACUGACUCCAUCUUAGUGGAGAACCUGCACCCCGGCACCACUCCAGACCUGCUCACGUUGUACUUUGAGAACAAGGGAGGUGGGAAUAAUGAGGUGAAGGAGGUCACAAUGCUUUCAGAGAGUACAGCCAAGGUCUCCUUUGUCAAAUAUGACUCUGUGGGCCCUGUCCUGGAUCAGCCGCACAAACUGGAAGGUGCUGAUCUUGUAGUGAAGCCAUACUUUGACUUUCUUCAACCUACACAAAGUUUAACACCACAGUAUUCUGGAGCUGGAAGCCAAGAUAUGGCUGAGAGAAACUCGGAGCAUGUGAGUGAUGUGCAGAUGCAGACCAGUCCUCCCAUGGUGGCCAGCACAAACAGCCAGUCCUCCUCUCUGACGGCCUCAGAGCCCGUUGCUGCCAGUGAAGCAGCAGAAGAGGCGGAAAAGGAUGAAGUCAUGGAGGCUCAAUCAGAGGACGAAGAUACACUAUCGAGCCAUAUUGCGAUCCCUGACCCAGUAAAACUUGCUUUGUUUCGACUCAGCAGCUUUGAAAUAGACACUGUAAAGGCUCACCCGAAUGUCACCAUCCAAAUCAAAGACAAUGGUGUGCACAUUGCAGGUGCUGACAGACAAACGUUUGAGCAGAUAAAACACUCCACUUUGGACUAUUUUGGCAAAAUGGUUGAGAGUCAUUUUGCCCUGGAGCCAGAAAAGGCCCAGUUGCUUGCGAGAAAAGAUGUAAAAGCGCGACUACUGCAAGACAUGAAUCAAACUGGGUCACCUGUUACGUACGCCGUAUCAGACUGUAACGUCGUGGUAACUUCCCUGUCCCAGAACUCGGCUAACCAGGCAUGUAGCUUUUUAAAAUCCCAGCUGUGUCGCUUCAGCAUACCGGUGGACAUGGAAUAUGUGGGCAUAUUUUAUUGCAGAGAAUGGUCUGAGUUCCUGCAGGCUCUGGGUUUCUCCUCUGUAGAAGUGUCAGAACAAGGAGGGAAUAUUGAUGUGUUGACUCUGAAAGGGAUGGAGACUGAGAAGGAGACUGCAAUCCUGGAGUUUCUCUCCAAACCCAUUGAAAGGGAGACGGUCUUAUCGAUGGAGCCAGGCAUGCUGAAAUACAUCCAGAUCCACUGUCAUCAGCUGUUGGCGGACAUGCACCAAGUGUCUAUCUUUCCACUAGAAGCAGAGGACGUUUGUGGGUUAAAGAUCCAUGGUCCUGCUGUUGCUUGUCAAAUGGCUGAGGAGCUGUUGCAAGGUGUGGUCUCCUCCAUCUGCACCAGGACCAUCACAGUGAACGCUCCAGGAGUGGCCCGGUUUUUCGUUGAUAAGGAGUGCCAGAGCAUCAUGAAAGAGAUGGAGACAAAGUUUCAGGUGUACAUCAGCCCAAAGUACGUGCCCUGGGAACCACUACCAAACCAGGACAUUUUUGAAACUGCAUGGACGAUAAUGUCCCACAACUUCCAGAGAGUGUCUUUGGAUGAUUCUGGACAGGAGUUAAAAUCAGAUUCAAUGCAAACUGAUCAGAAUGGAGCUGCAGGCGGAGGCCUUUUAGAGGAGGCAAAGAGAAUUGUCUCAGCCAUUGAUGAAAGACUAGAAGAGGGUGUGUCCAAUUCAGACCAACUGGAUGACAUGGAUAACGUGGACCUGUACACAGAUGAACCGACCAGCCUGACAGACCAGGACCCUGAUUUGAUAGUUGUUGAUGCUUCCCAGCCCUCAGCUGAAGAGAACACUACGCUGAAUGAUGAAGCUCUGGGCCUUUCGAGCAAUCUUGAAGAAGAGGCCCAACUGUCUCUAGCCAUCCAGUACUCUAUGGAGUCAAGUCAUUGGUCCCUGGAGGAUGAGGAGGAGCAGCUGCAAAAAGCCUUAGAGCUGUCCAAGAAAAUGAUUCAACAUGAAGCACCCUCGAGUAGUACUGACAAGAGCCCCAAGGUGAAUCGGCUGAAGAAGGGCAAGAAUAUUUCCUUACAAGACGCCAUCAAGUCAGCCAACACCAUACAGCUGUUUGUGUUUGCAGGAUACAGUUGUGACCUGAUUCGGGUGGACAUAGCCUUUGGGAAGAAGGUCAACCAGAGACAGGUCGAGGAGAAACUGGAGCACAGGACUGUGAAGAACAUGUCCGAGUACCACAGGAAGUGCCUGGAGGUGAUCAAGAGGAAGCACGCAGUCGACAUUCAAAUUCAGGGCACCAUAAUCACUGUUUCUGGCUUCAAGGACUUUGUGACUGAAGCACUGUUGGAUGUGAAGCUGCUGCUGGAGAAAAUCUCCAAUUCUGUAUCUGACCAGGAAAUCCUGAGAGUGGUCCAGUGGGUGCGUCAUGACCCAGCCUCUUCAAACACGACUCCUUAUACCCCCGAUGCUACAGUAUUCAUCGAGAAUGUUUGGAGGAUGAAGAUGAAGAAGAUUGAUAUCUUGCUAGAGAAUCAGCCCCACACCAUAAACUUUGAGAAGAUGCAAGAAUACAACAUAGCUUCGGGGAAAUCUGUGAAAAUCUCCAGGAAGUUGGUCGAUUUAGGGGAUCUGAAUGAGGAUGUACCAGAAGAGGAAUACUCUCUUCUGUCGAACCUGCCUGAAGCAACCAAAGUCGACGAAGAGUCUGACGAAUUUCAGAAUGUGGUGAAGAACUUCUAUGAGACCAUACAGGAGUACCACAGCAAAAUCAGAAUCAUACAGGUGGAGAAGCUGAUGAAUCGACUGCUGUACAAUCAGUACAAGCUGAAGAAGGCCAGUGUGCUGCAGCGUGCCACGUAUCCGCAAGUUGAACGCACUCUCUACCAUGGGACAAGUGAGAAGAGCGUGAAAGAGAUCUGCGUCCAUGGGUUCAACAGAAGCUUCUGUGGAAAGAACGCCACCGUGUAUGGUCAGGGGGUGUAUUUUGCUGUCAACUCGGCGCUGUCAGUCCAGGAUCAGUAUUCACCCCCAAACGCAGACGGACACAAAUUUAUUUUUGUGUCAAAGGUUCUAACUGGAGACUACACUAAAGGCUGCCAUUCCAUGAAGACUGCCCCGCUGAAGGAGACCGGUGAUAUUCCCCUCAGAUAUGACAGUGUGACCGACGACAUCACCAAGCCGUCAAUGUUUGUCACCUUCAACGAUACACAGGCUUUUCCCGAAUAUCUCAUUACAUGUCAGAGAAUCCACCGCUGAGGGAAACGGAUUACUCGUCAGAUUAUUACCAUAAGAUUUGGAAAAAAGGACUGCAUUUGUUUUAAUGUUUCUGCCAUGAUUUAAAAAAAGUGCAUUUGAUUUAUAAAGGGCUAAUGUGUUAUAGUGUACAGUUGGUAUUUUUACUUUCAUCAGAUACUUUGCUGAAGACUGUUUGAUCAGUUGCUCUUCUUUCUCCAGUUUAGUCAGAUCAAGAGAAACGCAAACAGCUGAGCCCAAAAAGAUUAUGUAACUUUAAACAUGCCCUUUCAAGCACAAUGAGGCUCAUUGUGACGCGUCUUUAAAUAGGUGGAACUCAGCAGUUUUUUGCAUGACAUUUCACUUGUAAUAGUCAAUUUGAUGCACACUCUCACAUUCUCCUUGCUUAAACUGGCAAGCCUCCAGCACAUGUUGUAUUUAUAAAAUCAACCAUAAAUAUUCUGCUGCACAUAGUUCUUGUUUUUCUUUAAUACAGGUAAUUGUAUUAUUGUGAGGCUAAAUAAUUACAAAUUAAAACUGGCUAACUGUGAUUACCAAAAUUAUAGACUGCCUGAAAUUAUAAGCUAUAAAUUAUUAUAUAUAUGUCUUUGCUUUUGGGUUCAGGUAUUUGAGUUUCCCUGAAGUAGCGCUGUACUGUCCAGGUUCUGGAGGUUUUUCUUACAUAACAGAAAAGAUGAUUCCAACAGCAGCUCCUAAAUGUAGUAACUACCUGGUAUGUUAGAAAAGCAGCAGUUCCAGGUCCACUGCUCUAUCAUGAAGAAACUCUUAUUGAAAAAGUGAUCACCAUGUACACAAAAAGAAGGUUGAAAAUACACAGAAUGAUUCUUUAUUGUAAUGCAGUAAGUUUAAAGUAUCAAUGACCUAUUAUAAAUGUUAAGCACUGUGCAUCUAUUACAUCUAUUGUGCACUCUAAAGGAAUGUGUAUUAUUAUUUUAAUAAAACAAAAUAACCUGUGAGUUAAUCUUUGUGUGCUGUAUGCAAAACAUUCUAGAUCUUGAGUGUCCUCUUUCAGUUCCCCUUACCUGCAGAAUCUGUGUACAUUAUGAUUGAUUUGGGAGUCCUUUUUCAACAAUUAGGUGCUUUGAUCACAAAUCUUUUGUGUUUUUUCAUAUCUGUUAUAUCUGUGCCCCAGAAUGUGUUUACCAAAGAUUGUUUUUGUAAUUUCUGUUUUUAUUUUAUUGCAAAAACUGUAAAUGUUUUUUGUUUUGUUUUAGAAAACAGUAAGGAUUUACAGUCUGAAGAAAAUCAUUAUUAUUUUUUAGGAACAAUAAAGCCUCUUAAAAUCAGAAACUAUUAGGUGUUUUUUUCAGAACUUUGGUGAGCUUCUUUAAAUUUGAUUGCGUGUCUGUUAUAUUCUCUGUCACAUUUUCUAAAAUGUCAACUACCAAUGUGUUUGUUUUCUCUAUAUUACAUUUUCAAAGUAUAAUUUGACUGUAAAUGUAAAGCUGUAUUUGGCUUGUUGUUUCGCUAUUGUGAUUUAAUUUAAUUACAAUUUGCAAUACUUUUUUUUUUCCCAUCUCCAGCUAUGUAUUUUCUAUAUAAGAAAGUUAAUGUUGCAUUGUUAUCAAGGUUGCCUAAAAUGUAGCUUUGGACCAUUAAACUGCAUCACACUCGA